AUGGGGUUAGAUGCCCCAAAGAAAGGUCACUUUAAAGAAGAGCAUGAUCAAAAUGUGAAAGAUCUGCUGGACCUAACUCACACCGUGUUCGGCCAUCUUUUACCAGUUUUAACAGAGCUGAAAGAGUUUGAAAUGGGACCCUUGAACAGAUUUUGUGAUGUCUAUGCCCCUCAACCCAACGCUGGUGGUCUUUUAGAAUAUCCAGCAGAAAGUAAGGCUAAAUUCAACUUUAUUAUAUUAUACAUAUUGAAGAAAGAGAUAAACCCGAUCAAAUUGUCCAGCACGACCCUCUCACAAAGAAAGGUGUUGGUAAGAUGACUUUAUAUUUCUGACACUUAUAUCAGUCUGUCGGAAAAAUAACGGCGGAUCGUCGCAGCAAAAUGUCUCGCCUCGCCGCUAUCGCGCACCAAAUCCCAAGCCGCGGCUUGCAGUCGCAGAGCGAUGAUGAGCGACUCCGAGGCGCGACGAUCCGCCGUUUUUUUCCCGACAGACCGAUAUUAUUUUAAUUUUCAGUCCUCGGACUCAGCACGAAAAGGAAAAUUAUGAUCGACACAGAACUAACGAGAAAAAAACUUUCCCGCGAUCACACCGUGAAUAUGUCUGGCCUCACCUGGAUCAACACAAAUGAAGAGAAAUUACAUCUUUUCCUCAGCCAAGUCCAAUUCACUGUAUCGUUUGUUGCUCGAGAUGUGACAGUCAGUGUUGCAGUUAAGACAAGUAGUUAUCGACACGUGAGUCAUUGCAAGUCCAAUCAAUUUAUUUUCAGUCCACUUAUCAUUUGUAUUACUAUUAUUUGACCAUGUUGACGGCGUUAAAGCCUCCUUGGAGGAAAGGUUGCUCCUUCCAGGCGUUAGAUCCAGUUUCCGCCUGCACAUUUAGUUUCAAAUGUAAGCAAUUUGUCUUCUGUUACUGAUUACGGUAAAUGGUUUUAGUAAACGAGGAUGUUGAUGGGCUCCCCAUCUACUUUGCCCUUCAGUCUACCGUCGUUGGGAAGGCUUACAUUCCUUUUGCCGUUUACGCCGUCAGAGAUAAAAUCAAAGUGUUCAGCUGUCCUUACAGCAAUCUUUAUGCGACUGUUUACUUGGGCACUUCGAAGCGAGUGUGAUCUCCUUUCCAAUCUCAUUUCAUGUCAUUUGCAUUGUCAAAUCACCUCAGGUGAUUUGGGCCCGUUCUUGAAAAGACAGCUGUCCCAAUUAACAAAGGUUAUCUUGUUAUCAGAGAAUGACCCUUGGCCAUCAGUUUCUAUGGGUCUAAUUAAUUUUAUUUUGGUCCUCAGGCCUUUUUUACUUCUCCUUACAUUAUGGGUAUUACUGUCAUUUGUGCUGUUUUUUGUUGAAUAUCGUGAUUUUAUUGUGAAUAAAGAAAGAGAGGAAACUGAAAAAUUAAAUCAUCAAAGCCAUCUUCUGGAGGCUUUAUUUUGGGUUUCCAAAUAUCAGGUAAUCUAAGCAAUAGAAGAAGUUCUAGGUUUUUAGACAGUAGGAUCCGAGAACUGGAAUGAAUCCAUGAAUUUAAUUUUGUUUCAACAACAUCAUAUGCACACAAGAGAUGUGUUCACAACUUUACACUCACUUAUAACGGCAAACAAUGACUGUAAGCAUAAGAAAUUUACCUUAAUUAAAUUGCAGUGAUCAACUUGACAGAGUCGGAACAGAUUUUUGUAAUUUCAUGGUCACCAUUGGCGAUCUUCUUAUAUUACACUGGAAUAGCUCAACUUGUGGAGCAGUUCGCUGGAAGGGAUUUUAUUCGGAAGGGCCUUUACUUGACUACAUCCGCACUCUUUGUUUGGUUUUUGAUUAUCAAUUAUUUAUUUUUUCCGGAGCCGAUCAAGAAUCUUUUCGACUGGAUUAUGUUCUUUUAUAAUGUCCAAAGGUCAGUCAGUCAUCUUUCAAAUAUUCAUAAAGUGCCGUUUAGACUUCCAAACGCUCCCCUGUAUGCACUGAUCUCGGUUCAUUUUGUGGCGUCGACCCUAAUCUUUACAAUAUCCCCCCAAAUCUCCAAAUUAUACCAAAUGUUGUUAUGA